AUGCCGGUUAACAUUCUCGCUACGGCCUUUGACCAGGGUCUGGACUCCAUUCCGUACGGCUGGACCGUCCUGAAGUUCGUUUCUGUUUGUGCAGUCCUGUAUAUCUUGAAAUGGUACUUCAAUGGCGCGGUCAACGGAUCGGAGAGGAAUAUGCAUUCCAAGGUGGUUAUGGUAACGGGAGGAACAUCCGGCAUAGGCGCUGAAGUGGUCAGGGAGCUGGCAACUCGUGGUGCACAGAUCGUUCUCCUGGUUCGACAACCACUCGUCGACCCCUUCUUCGUCGACUACAUCGAAGACCUCCGAACCCAAACCGGCAAUGAGCUUAUCACCGCCGAGCACGUUGACCUUGAGAAUCUACACAGCAUACGUCAGUUUGCAACUAAGUGGGUGGACAAUGCUCCGCCGCGACGCUUAGACACAAUCAUCCUCUGCGCGAACACAAUGACACCAUCAGGAGGGAAACCGACGCAGACGGAAGAUGGGCUGGAGUCGACUUGGGGACUCAACUACAUGGCCAACUUCCACUUGUUGAGCAUACUCAGUCCCGCACUUCGAGCUCAACCUCCUGACCGAGACGUCCGCAUCAUCUUCGGUACAUGUCCGGCAUACGUGGGAGGAAAGUUGCCAGGUGCUGAUGCAAACUCGAAGAAAGCCGGAAAGAGCGAUCCUGGACAGCUUGACUUUACCCCGUCCACCGUAUACGCAACCUCCAAACUCGCCCUCAUGACCUUCGCCGUAGCCUUCCAGAAGCAUCUCACAAAUUAUGUCCGACCCGACAAGAAGCCCAUGAAUGCACGUGUUAUCAUGGUCGAUCCGGGCUGGACACGAACACCAGGUAUGCGACGAUACCUCACUUUUGGCUCGCUGUGGGGGCUGGCGAUAUACCUCUUUACGUGGCCGCUGUGGUGGCUCGUACUGAAGAGCCCCGACCAAGGUGCGCAAACCUUCUUGUACGCGGCUAUGGAGGCACAAUGGGGUCGGGGAGAAGGAGCAUACUUCCUCAAGGAAUGUAGGAGAUCCAUCUGGACAAGGAAGGAGAUCGAUGAUGAACAGCUACAGAAGAAGCUAUGGGAGAGCAGCGAGAAGACCAUCGAGAUCCUUGAGAAAGAGAGCGCGAAGAGAAGGGCGGCGGAAAAGAAGCAGAAGGAGAAGUCCGAGGGCAAGACCACUGCGAAGGAGACCAAUGGAGAGGCCAAACAACGAAAGUAG